UUAUUGAGGCCUAAGAAAGAAUCCCAAUUCCAAAAGAAAAUGGCGGCAAAUGCGUUGAAAUUCUUAGUUACUCCCUAAGCUAACCUAGGGUUUGUCCUUUCUCACCAUCUCCAUCACUGCAACAAUGUUCGGAGCUCAGCCCUCCUCCGCCUUCGGUACUCCAUCAUUCGGCACACCUUCGUCAACCCCAUCAUUCGGCACACCUUCGUCAACCCCAGCAUUCGGCACGCCGUCAACUUCAUCAUUUGGCAAUGGUUUUGGAUCGGCACUAUUUUCAACACCAUUUUCACAGCAGUCACAGCCACAGCCACAGCCACAGCCACAUCAACAGCAACAAACUUCCUUAUUUCAAACACCUCAGAGUUCGUCCCCUUUCAGCUUUUCCACACCCUUGAGUACUGCUACACAGGCCCAAUCCAGUCCAUUUGGUAGUUCCUUUCCAUUUGCAAAUGCUCAGUUGACUACUCAGAUGGCUCCCGUGGCUCCACUCCCCUUUUCUCUCGCUGAUAGGGAUAUACAAGCAAUUGUUGAUGCGUACAAGGAGGAGCCUGGUAACCCUAAAUAUGCUUUCAAGCAUCUUUUGUCCAGUGUGACGGAACCUCAAUAUAGGACGAAACCUGCAGGGGUAUCUGAUAUAAUGUGGGCAGAGGCAAUGGGCAAACUUGAAGGCAUGGAGAGUACUGACCGUGAGCGCCUGUGGCCUCAACUUGUUCACGGCUUCAAGGAUCUUUCCCAACGGCUCAAGCUUCAAGAUGAAGUCAUAGUUUCAGAUGCUGAGAGGCUGCAAAUGACGCAGAACAAUGUGAAAAUGUUGCAAAGGCAUUUCCAAGCUGAUACCCUUCCUUGGAUUGAAAGAAUGAGACACAAAGAGCAAGGUCUUCAAAGACGCCUUUUGAGGGUGAUGAGAAUACUAGAGGCACUUGAAGGUAAAGGUUGUCGAUUGCCUUUGAUGAAAGGAGAAGCUGAAUUGGCAGAGAAGUUGGCAGCCAUCUUGAGACAGUUAAAAGGUUCUGGAGCAGAACUUUCUAGGAGGGUUCAGAAUCUGCUCACCAUAUGUCGUGUUCAAAAUGGCCUUGGAGGUGGUUCUGUUUAUCUCCCUGGUUCAACCAAGAUCCAUGAGCAGAGUCUUACUGACAUGCAGGAGGUUUUGCAACAACAAACCGAGGCUAUUGGUAGGCUUGGCAAUGUAUUGAAGCGAGAUAUCCGAGAUGUGGAGAUCAUAAUGGCCGAGGAAACAGAAAUGAUGGAAGGCUGAGUAUAGGACAAACAGAUUUCUAUUUUGCUUGUAUGUAUGUGUUUAGGUGGCUGGUAAGAAGUGAUAACUGAUACCAAACAUGAAAUGUAUGAAAACAAAUUUUGUUCUACUAGCUGGGCCAUUCUUGACAAAAUUGCUGUUUGUUAGGGAACGAUGACAUGUUCCGGUUAGAUAUCUUCAAUCUAGUUGAAGUUACAACUACACAUGACACCAGAUACUCUAUCCCAAUUUAUAUGACAUUUUUUUUACUUCGUUCAAAAAAUAA